AUGGCUCUGUCGUGGAUAUUCAGUCUAUCUUUGCUUCAGACAGCUCUGCUGUUUCUAGGCGUGAUCACUAGCUAUGUGCUUGGUGUGGCGAUCUAUCGAAUCUAUUUUCAUCCGCUCUCAAAGUAUCCAGGCCCCAAACUGGCAGCUGCCACCCGUCUAUGGUGGACAUGGCACCAGGUGCGCGGUAAAUUCCCCUUGACUGUGCAUGAACUCCACCUGAAAUAUGGUGAAAUUGUGCGAAUCGCCCCCAGCGAGCUGUCAUUCACGGGGGCGGAUGCCUGGAAGGAAAUCUAUGGAUUCCGCAGUGGCCUGCCUGAAAAUCGAAAGGACCCGGGCGAGAACACAGACGCCGACAAAAGGCAUCCAACGAUCAUUAAUGCUGAUCGCAAGACCCAUGGUGACUUGCGCAAGUUACUGUCCAAUGCCUUUUCUGAUAAAGUGCUGAAGGGCCAAGAGCCUGUUUUACUGCACUACAUCGAUCUUCUCGUGACUCGGCUGCAGGAGGUGGUGGAUAAGGGGGAGCCAGUCGACAUCGUGAAAUGGUUCAACUAUGUGACUUUCGACAUCAUCGGACAUCUGGCCUUCUAUGAAUCGUUCGAUUGUCUCAAAAACACAGAAUACCACCCGUGGAUGUCUAUGAUUUUCAACGCAAUCAUGUACGUGCACUAUAUUCGGACCUUCCAGCGAUUCAUCGACGUCCGCUCAAUCAUCUUGGCUAUCUUACCCAAGCGGAUUGUUGAGCGACGCAAAUGGCAUAUCGGCCUGGUUGAAGAAAAGGUCAUGCGCCGUAAACAACAGCAUCCUGAUUACAUCGAUUUCAUGAGCCACCUUAUCCAGGCUGAGGAGAAGGGCAAAUUGACAACUCCUGACCUCGUGGCCAAUGCAAAUCUCAUGGUGAUUGCCGGUAGCGAGACGACAGCGACAAUUCUAUCAGGCACUGUUUACUACCUUUGCACUCAUCCGCGUGUAAUGCAAAAGCUACUCGCCGAGGUCCGCACCUCUUUUGACUCGAGUGAUGAGAUCAACAUCGCGCGAAUCAGUGGACUGAAGUACAUCAAUGCCGUUAUUGACGAGUCCUUCCGUCUCUAUCCACCAGCUGCAGGCAGCCACCCACGUAUCACGCCGCCCGAGGGGGCCAAGAUCAUGGGAAAGUGGCUGCCCGGUAAUACCUCGAUGGGCAUGGCCCAGUAUGCCGUUUUCCGUUCUCCUGCCAACUUCAAAGACCCGGAGCUCUACCUCCCAGAGCGAUGGCUGGAUACGGAUGGUCCAUAUGUCAACGAUAGGCGGGAGGCUCUCCAGCCCUUUUCUUUUGGACCUCGAAACUGCAUUGGCCGGAAUUUGGCAAACAUCGAGCUUAGAUUGAUCCUGGCAAAGAUGCUCUGGCAUUACGAUUUCGAACUGAUGCCCGAGUGUCAAAAUUGGCCGAGGGAUCAAUACAUCUAUACAUCGUGGGAGAAAAUUCCCUUGAAAGUCAGAAUCACGGCACGAGAGUGA